AUGGACGGCGUGGACGUACAACGAUUGUUUAGCCCAGUUACAUUGUUACCUAGACGUUUAAAUUUCAGUGACUCUGAUGAACCUUGUCUUAUUACUGCCAACAUACAAGAGUCUCCUAAAACACCACCUAACCAUGUACAAUAUAUUCCACCCAUGACACCUGCCAGUCGUAAACAUCGACCUACAAUUCCAUUAAGGUUUGCUGAGCAUUUAGCUUCACCUUCAAAAGCGGAUUCACCUCAAAAAGAUGAAUCAACAUAUUCUCCUCCUAUAAAGAGGAUUCGUGUUCUUAAACUGGAAGAAGGUAUAUUGGAUCGACCCCUAUCUUCUAUAAAAUCUAAAUUAUGUGAAAAUAAGAAUUCAUGUCAAUUACUCAAUGAAUCAACAAUAUCUAAACCUAAACAAUUUAGCAUAAACCCAUUCUCUCCUGCAGCAACUGACCUACGGUUAAAAUGGACAAAUAACAAUAACAAUAAUAAUAAUAAUGAAUCAUCAACACUUGACAACUGGUCUAAAGAUUUAACAAAUGUUGAGCUAACUGAUCUUGAAGUAUCCAGGUAUUUUAAAGAAUUUAAAGUAGAAGAUUUAAUUGGAAAAGGAGAUUUUGGUGAAGUUUAUAAGUGUAUUAAUAUGCUAGAAGGAAUGCCAUAUGCUAUUAAAAAAACACUUAAAAAAGUAGUUGGAACUAGACGAGAAAAUUAUGCCCGUAAAGAGGUUUAUGCUAAUGCUGCAUUAUUUAGUCAUCCAAAUAUAGUUGCUUAUCAUUCUGCGUGGAAUGAGAGUAAUUCAGUCUUUAUACAACUAGAAUAUUGCGAAGGUGGAAAUCUAGAUGAAAUGAUAUUUACAAAGCACCACAAUUUCAAUGAUGCUGCCAUCGAGCGUCUACUAUCUCAUUUAUCAAAUGGCCUUCAUUACAUGCAUAUGUCAAAAAUGGUACAUUUAGACAUAAAACCUGCAAAUAUCAUGAUAAGUCAUUCUAAGUUCCUGAAAAUAGAUGAAGAUAAAGUUGAUAGAGAUAUAAUUUACAAAAUUGGUGAUCUUGGCCAUGUAGCACAUACAGACAAUUUAAGUGAUGUGGAAGAUGGCGAUGGCCGAUAUUUACCUAAAGAAAUGUUAAGUGGAAAAUACGAUAGUUCAACGAUAAUGAAAGUUGAUAUAUUUUCAUUAGGAAUGACUGUAUAUGAAGCCGUUUCAGCUUUAAGAUUGCCAAGCGAUGGACCAGAAUGGCAUUUUUUAAGAGAUGGAUUUGUACCGGAUAUAGAAGAUUUUGGAUUAAGUUUACUUAUAGCAAAUAUGAUUGAUCCCAAUCCUCUCGAUCGGCCAAAUGCUAUUGAUGUAUACAAGAAUGUUACAUUAAAAAUGUCAGAGUUAGCCGAGAUCUCUACUUUACAAUUUAAAAGGGAAUACUUAGCCAGUUGUACAGAAACACGAUCUACUCAAUGUCCCUCAACUAAUAGAACUACCACUACCUCUAAACGAGUCCCGAUGGCUUUAAGCACAUGGCAUAAGAGGCGUCUGGUUGGACAAAAAUCUAAGCGUUACUAUUCAUUUUGA